GACUAACAACCCAUAUAAAAGGCAACAAGUCUGCACUGAAAAAGCUAUGAAUAGACAAAAUUUAGGAGAUCCUCCAGGAUCUUCAUACAGAAACAGACGGGAAGACGGUAAUCGUCCACUUGGAGAAGGUCCACGCAGCGAACGAGGAGAAAGAGGAUAUCAUGGAGGACCUUACCGAAAAAGAGGAUAUGAUGAGGGACCAGGAGAGCCUAAUAUGCAGGUUAUUCUGCAGGGUCUUGAACCUCAUAUGAAUGAGAUAGAUAUUCAACGGGCAAUUGAGGGACAAGGCGGGGAGAUUGAGAGUGUGAUUUUGAUACGUAAUAGAGAGACAAGGGAGUCUCGGUGUUUUGCAUUUGCAAAGUUUAUUUCAGUUGAGCAUUCAAGAAGGUUUAUAGAAGGAAAUUAUCCAUAUAUAUAUAUAGGAGGACACCGGGUUAGGAUAUCAUAUAGUAAGGAGAAUAAGUGGGAGGAGGAAGGGUGGAUUUGUUUUAGUUGUGGGAUUAACAAUUAUCCACGCCGGGAGGUGUGUUUUAAGUGUGGAGUAGUAAAGCAGGAUGUGACGGUAGCUGGAAACUUGACACAUUCAGCACCGUUAGUGCAGAAUGAUGGGAGUCAAGAUAUAGCGACAACGCCGUCGCAAUUUUUAUUAUUAAGGAAGCUGGAUGUUUUGACUACAGAGGAGCUUAUUGUUAAGGGAAUGGCGAAAUUACAGGUGCCAAUUGUGAGGGUACUUUUGAUUCGUGAUCGAGCGACACGUCAAAGUUGGGGAUUUGCAUUUGUUGAAUAUGCAGAUGUUAAUGAGUCUAAAAAAGCGUUGGCGAAUGCCAUGAGUCUUACAUCAAACAAAGGGUUUACUAUUUCAUCAAAAACGAUUGAGUUAUCAUUUAUCCAUGGUGGGGUUUUUGUGCCAGUAUAUGAUCAGAAGAAUGAAUUUGGCUUUAAAUCGAGUAAGAAUGGACAAUUGCUUGCGUAUUGGGACGAAAAAGGAUUUACAUCAGAAUAUUGUCCAGAAUCUCAAAGACCAAAAGAUGAAUCAAAUCUGCCAGCUGGCGAAAUAAAUGUUUCAGUAAGCCAGAACGCAGCAUCAUCGGAUAAUAAUGUCUCUAUGAAGGAACCCAGUAUUUUAACAAAAGAUACAUCAACUAGCUUGAAAAGAGAUGCAAAUACUCCGUGCGAGCAGAAAAAGCAAAAAAAAAGAUAUGAUAAUUCAUCAAUAAAGAUGGCUCCACAUUUACAAAAAUGGGCUGUAAAACAGCAAGAAUUACGAACUGGACUUGUUGAAAAUGAAAAAAUAGAUGAAAUUUUUUCCGAUUUAAAUCUUAUGGCAUGCUUACUUUGCCAGAGAAAGUUUAAAUCAGAAAAAGAAAUACGUCAACAUGAAAAAUUAUCCGAAUUGCAUAAGAAAAAUUUGGCAGAUGAUGAUCUUAAAGAACAGGCCAGACAACGUUUAAAGAAAGUUUCUAUAAAAAAAGAUACUGAUGUAGAAAGUUUAAAUGAUAGUAAUUAUAGAGAUAGGGCUCAAGAACGUCGUAUUGCAUUUAACCAACCUUCGAAACCAGAUGUUCCAUCUCAUAAUUCAAAAAAGAAUGUAAUAAACUCAUCUCCAAAGAUACCAGAAGAACCUGCAAAUAUAACAAAAGGAAAAGGUGCGGCCAUUCUUGGAAAAAUGGGAUGGACAGAAGGAAUGGGUUUAGGAUUAGAAGGUAAAGGUAUUUCCAAACCGCUUAAUCCAGAGGUGUACCAAGAAGGUGUUGGUCUUGGCUCUCUAGGAGCAAAAUUAGGAGAUAAUCCACGUCCAAGUGAUUAUGCUGCUUAUGUUCGAUCUGUUAAAGAUCGUGCUAAACGAAGAUAUGAAAUGGAGGGUUUAUAAUAUUAUGUUAUUGCUUAUUUAAAACAUUACAAAUAUUUUUGUUUUA